AAGAAGAGUUGUUGAGCUGCAAGUUGAAACACAAACUUGUUGUGUUUUGCAUAGAGAGACAUAGAGAUAUAUAUUUAUUUUUUUUGCUGGGUGAUUAUCACUGAAGGGGAACAUGGUUAUGUUGAAGAUCUCGGCUCUCCUCGUUGCCUACGCCCUGGUCAUUUGCCAGAUGUACUGCUCACAAGCCGCCCCCGCCAGACCGGGUCUAGAGUCCAUGUCAGACCGAGUCACGCUCACGGACUACGAGGCGCGGAGGUUACUCAACGCCAUCGUCAAGGAGUUUGUGCAGAUGACGGCGGAGGAGCUGGAGCAGCAGGCGACUGAAGGAAACAGCGUUACAGCACAGAAGCGAGCCUGCAACACGGCGACCUGCGUCACUCACCGCCUGGCCGACUUCCUCAGCCGGUCGGGGGGGAUGGGCAACAGCAACUUCGUCCCCACCAACGUCGGCGCCAAGGCCUUCGGACGGCGGAGGAGAAGCGUCCAGAUGUGAGACGCAAACCUGCAGGGUUGACACGAGGUUGAAAUCAGACGAGAAAACAUCAGAAAAAAACCUGAGAACAAAAAUCAACAAAAACAAAAAAGAAGUCAAGCAGGAAACAAACAGUGAACUGGCCCUUUAUCCAUUCCUCAUGUUCUUCUGGAGAAAAAGAAUAAAAAGAGAAGAAGACGCCACAGGACUCGUCCCCAUCUCAUCCUGUUAGUGAAACCUUUUGCUUUCAGCAGAAUAAGAGAAAAAAAAGAGAAAAAAAGCACUUUAGUUUGUGAACAAAUGAACUGAUAAAACAUGCUGAUGUUCCUCUUUUUAUACAUCAAAGAAUCAUUGGAAAUAAAAUGAAAGCUGCAGCGGAUUUCACCUGAUUCUCUCCUCCUUUACCUGCUAACAGCAUAUCCACCCAUCCAUCUAUCCCUCUAUCCCUCUAUCUAUCAUCUACCCAUCCAUCUAUCCCUCCAUCCCUCCAUCCAUCCAUCCAUCCAUCCAUCUCACACUGUAAAAAGGUCUAAAACCAGAUCAAACAGUAAAUCUGAGGGAAAUGAUCUUGCUGCAUGGACAGAUAAUUUACCUUGACAAGAUUUAUUAAAUUAAGAUUAUUAAAUCUAGAAAUAAGCAUGUUGAACACUUAAAAUAAGAAAUUAACUCUUAAAACCAGAUAAAUGAUCUAACACUUCUAAAUCUAAAGUUUUUUAAAAAAAAUCUCAAAUUAUUUGCAGUGUGUCGGCUCUUUCCGUGGAGGAUAUUGAAGAUCUCUAUCUAUUCAGAACCUUGAUAACAGGUCUUUCUAAAUCUAAAGUUGUUUUUUUUAUGUUGGUAAGAACCAAAUAAUUGUCAGUUCAUCACUGCUGGCAGCUUUACUUUAUCUGGUUUUAAGAGUUAAUUUCUUAUUUUAAGUGUUCAACAUGCUUAUUUCUAGAUUUAAUAAUCUGAAUUUCAUAAAUCUUGUCAAGGUAAAUUAUCUGUCCAUGCAGCAAGAUCAUUUCCCUCAGAUUUACUGUUUUUAGACACACCUUUUUACAGUGCAUCCAUCCCUCCAUCCCUCCAUCCCUCCUCCAUCCCUCCAUCCCUCCAUCCCUCCAUCCGUCCCUCUAUCUCUCCUCCGAGGGUCCCUGUAAUCCAGGGGGACCCGUUAACGAUCAGCCUGCCCAAGGCCCCGCCCACCACGGCUGUUGUCUUGUGCCUUGAUGUAGAAACUAUUUACAUGAACAUGAUUGUACAGUUCUGUUGAAGAAGACGAGCGAGGACGAAGAGAACGAAGAUUAACAGAUUAAUAUUGUAAACAAUAUUGUGAAAAAAAACAAAACAAAUUUCAGCAAGAUUAAAAUGUAUUUUAGAUACACUCGG